CGAUCGGACCGUCAAUUUAUAUUUACGUGCCGUCUGACGCAAGCGCAGUGAGUUACGCGACGAGGUUAUAAACGCACGUGUGCUCAAAAAUACCGAAUAUAAACAGUGACUCGAUAUCAAAAUCGAUUAUGGAAUCGAUACCAGUGAAUUUACAGGAGUUGUCUCCGGAAGGAUUUAAGAAGUUCCUCGAUUCAUUCGAUCAUGUGUUCUCGGAUUGUGAUGGAGUUAUAUGGAGUAAAGACCCAUUUCCUGAUGCUGGCAAAUUCUUCACUUUAAUGAAGAAACAUGGGAAGACUGUGCACUUCGUAUCUAACAAUAGUCUAAGAAGCAAAGAGAAUUAUGAUGCGAGGUUCAAAGCUGCUGAAAUUGAGAAUGGAUACGACUACCUCACCAUACCAUCUAUUGCGAUAGCAGAAUACCUGAAGUCAGUAAACUUUAACAAGAAAGUAUUCAGCUCGAGUUGUUCACAGACUAAUUUCGUGUUGAAUUCAUAUGGAUUCGAAAUAAAAGAAGGGCCUGAUGUCGUACCAGAUUACUAUGAAGAAUUCGCCUCAUACUUGAAAGAUGAUCCAGAAAUUGGUGCUGUGGUGAUGGACUGUGAUUUCAAAGUGAACCUGCCGAAAGUGAACAAAGCUAUCACUUAUUUGAAAAGGCCAGACUGCUUGUUCCUUUGCGGGGCUACAGACAGACAUGUAUAUUUUAAGGGCGGAUAUAAACUUUUAGCAACGGGAGUAUUCUCUGAAAUGGUACACGAGGAGACAGGUCGGGAACCUGUGAUGCUGGGCAAGCCUGGCAAGGCUUUCGGACAGUUCGCCAUGAAGAGGGCGGGAGUCACUGAUCCUAGCAGAGUGCUGUUUAUUGGAGAUAUGAUCGACCAAGACAUCGCUCUAGGCAAAACUAUGGGCUUCAAAACCUUACUUGUCCUAACAAAUAUACCCAAAGAAGGAAUGCUAGCACAUAAGACUAUUAAGCCUGACUUCUAUGCCGACCAGCUCGGCAGUAUAGUGCCUUUAUUAAAUAAAUAAUUAAGAUUAAUGUAGUUUUUUUUAGUUUUUUAUAAAAAAAAAAUGCAAAAUUUUAUUUUUUCGUUACCACGGGUAGAAUUUUAUAUUUGAUGUCAAAAUCAGGAUAAGCAGUGAUAUUAAGUUAAAUAGCAAUUAAUGUACUUAAUAAUUAUUAAGUAUUUGUAAAACAUUUUUAUUUAUUUUUGAGACAUCCUGUACUUAUUAAACAAAAUAUAAUUUAUGUUUGUACUUACACAAUGUAAAUGCAUUGAAUGUUUACAAUUAAAUCAAACUUGGCUGUUAUAUUAUAUAAUUAUUUUUAUUACAUUUAAACAAAACUA